AUGGUUUUCAUGAUUUUUUUAAAUGCUUUAAUUUCAUAGCAGAGUAAACAUCUGGAAUAUUAAAACAACAUCGAAAGAGGGACCAUCUAGGCAGGCCUCCUCAAAAUUUACGUUUUCUGCCUCUCUGAUUCUCUUGGCCACGCAUUCUCUGACCCUAGUCGCUCCCGACUAACCGGGGUCAAUAGGCCCGAACCUUCCCAUAUAUCAAACUAUUGGACUCUUUCUCUUAUUUUCUACUCAUCAAUUUUAAUUUUCUAUUCUCUCGCAGGUAUUUUUUCAAUUUUAAUUUGAUGUAUUUUUCAACGUUUCAGGUCCUUUUCUAAAUCCUUCAAUCUUCAAAAUUGUGCAAGAAUGCACGUGGGAGACGUCCAGGUAAUUCAUUGUGUUAUACUCUUUAAAAGUUUUAUGUAAACGUUUUCCUUAUAUAACCGAAAACUGUUUUUGAUGGGAAAAGUAUUCAGCAGAAAUUUUUUUUUUAAUUCAUUGUUUUUUUAACGUAGGAAGAAAUAUCGAGUCCAUUUUUUGGCGCAUUUUUUUUUUAAAGCAAAUGUUGUUCAAAAAAAUUUUUCUCUUUAACUGACGGAAAAAAAUGAUUGUAGCAUAGGUCUCAAGACGACGAUCCGUUUUUCGUGCCCUUUAAGAUAAUAUCAGGCUGAUGCUAUUAACAUAAAGGUCUCGAGACGAAAAAUAUUAUUUUUUUCAGUCAUUUAUGAACCAUUCUGCCUUUUCUCAAACUUCAAACUUUAUUUCUAAACCGAAUAUUCAAUUUGGCCGAAUUUCAGGCCGAAAUGGUGUCCGCCCUGCGCCUUUCUUCGCCAUAUUGUGCCGUCGAGGCUUUCCUGGGGGGCGCAGACGUGAAUACUCGCGAUCCGUCGACCGGAAUCGCGGUGAUUCAUUUGGCCGCCCAACGGAUCGACGAUCCCGAAAUCGUACAACAAAUUCUGGAGCAGACCGUUGACAUCAACCUCAAGACUUGCGUGAGAAAAUACAAACUUUCAUAUAAAGCUGGUCUCAAUGAUUACAACAAACCGAGUGUUUUUUUUUCACUGUGAGCGAAGAUACGAGUUUUUGAAGUUGUUCCCGUGCUAGUGACGUUCAAAUUUUGGGCAACCAUAGCUCCUUUCACGGACUCCUCGGUUAUUUUUGAGAUCCAAUUGAAAUCAGCUUGAAAAACUGCAUCUAGGAACCUUGUCUCCUUCAAAGGUCCCACUGAUCCCUAACUUCCCAUCUCAGCUGAUUAUAAGUUGAUAAUCAUCUUACAGGACGGCUUGACACCAUUGAUGAUCGCCACGAAAUCGGGUUCCAGAAAUUGGGUUUUCGCGCUUCUUGAGCGUGGCGCCGAGGUAAACGCCCAGGACGUCAAUGGUCGUAGAGUACUGUCAAAAGUUGGGCCCGACACAGGAAGAAGCAUCGUCGAGGCUCUGUUGGAACAUGGCGCCAGAGUCGAUUUCGUAGACAAGGUGACGAUUAGAAUAUUUAUCGCUAGCUUGGACCAAAAAUCAGCUUCAAGACGAGUUCAAAACAUUUGCUUCAUGCGUAAAACUUUGUUAAUCCAGUCUUGUUUCCCACAAACAUAGUAGGACUAAAAAUUUGAAUCAGAGCUAUAUUCAUAAACAAGGGACGGGAAAAACUGAAAAGAACGACGUUAAAAUCUUUGUGAGAUAUCAGAAAAAGGGCGUCAUUUUUCACGCGACACAACUAGAGUGUUCAAGUUUAGCCUCUUUAAUGAUCGCUUCGUCCUCCUCCUAGAAAAAAAAUCCAAGCAAAUCCAAGCCUUCACAAGUACUGUCAAGCCAGAAUUUCCAACUGAGACAAAAACUAGAUGCGUCACUGAAGAAAAUUACUUGCAAAAAAUUGUUUGACUGCUCGCCAAAAAAUCUAUUUUCAGUUCGGCAAAACCCAAGCCCCAGUUUUCCACGCUGCAGUCAAGACUUUGGGUGUCAAAGUUGUCACAGAACUUCUGAGGCAAGGUUUCAGCGCCAACCUCCGAUGUCCAAUCGGCUACUUUCCCGUUCACAUGACCAUUUUCCGCGAUAAUAUGCCGAUGCUCACGUUGUUGGUCGAACACGGUGGUGACAUAAGAUUGCAUGACCAUGUAAGUUAUUUAAACGGAAUGGUCUUUGGAAUGGCUCAAUUGUCUCGAUAAAAGUGCUUACAAUACAAGAAAGCUUCUCAGAAAGUCAGUUUUUGACAUCGAUUGAAAUUUGGCGAAAUGUUCUGUAGAACACUCAAACCUCAAAAGGUAACUUUUUUGCCCCCCAUUGAACUUUUGAUGGAGUUCUGCUGAAAAUACGCAAAUUAUAGAAGAAAAGCAAGUCCGCAUUGUAGCUCCAGUUCUUAUAGUCCGAUUCGCAUAAAAUAAACUGUUCUAAGCUUUUCAGCGUGUCUACUUUCAUAUCAAGAGAACAUUUCAUCUCAAAAAGACUCUAAGAUUCAAAAAACAGAAUUUAACCAAUCCACAUGCGACCAUCAUUCCCUCGACGUUUAGUACAAAUUCCAAUUCCAGUACGGCCGACCCGUAAUCCACCUUGCCGUCGAGUCGCAAAGUCUGCGAAUCGUACGAACCGUGAUCCGACUCGGAGGCGACAUCGAAGAGCGCGACAGUCGCAACUCGACGCCAAUCUUCAGAGCCGCCGAAAACAACCAGAGCAUUAUGGUCGCUGAGCUGAUCCGCCUUGGGGCUAAUAUCGAGGCUCGAGACGUUGUGAGUCACGUUGAUCUUUAGUAUCACACAAAAAAUCCCAGAAAGAAAUCCACUAGUUUUCGACCAAAUCCGACCUUGAAAUCCACUCUUUUAGCCUGAGACCUCAAGCUCCGAAUUCAAGACUUUCUCUCGGUUUUAUCCAAUUUACCGAAAAAUUCAUCACUUUAAAUUUACGAACACUGAUACCCUAGGCUGAAAUCAACUGCAAGUUCAAUUUACUUGAAGUGAGAAAAGUUAGUCGAUAUCCCUGUUAUAGUCUGUGUGCCACGACUUGGUUUCACCGAACGAAAUUCCGCUGUUCCGUUGCGUGCGUUCGCGAAACGUCUUUCGAAUAUAGGUAAAGUACCUUAAUAAAAGAAAAAAAAAACUUAAAAGCGUGACCAAGGCUCGCAAAGGCGCGCAGCGGCACAGCGGAAUGUCGUUUGGUGAAAUUCGAAGCGAUGGCACACAGACUAUAUUGUGUGGUAUUUCUUAUCGAAGAGGCUUAAAAAAUAAAUUCAAAAACUGCUCUCUUAUAAGCUCCGCCAGUGGCUGUAUAUCAUGUUAGUAGAUUAAAAUAAAAGUAAACUAUUCGGUAAAAUCAAUAAAAAUAGAAAGAAGUCUUGAACUCCCACAAUUUGUAUUUUUUUUUCAGUUAGUUUAUUGGGAAAUGUCCACUGCCAAACACAAAUCUACAAGUUAGAUGCUCACUUCCAAUUAACCUUGGAACAUAUCCGUCUUACUGCUGCUUACUUUAAACCUUAAAAAAAUAAAAGUCCAUUCCAAUUUGCAAUGGGGAUUUUCCUGAAAAUUGGCCAGAACACCCUUUGUACCGGAUGAAGACCCUGGAAGUCUGCAAAACAUUUCAGUUAUUGAGAAAGGACGCUUUAGAACCGUUAGAACAUCUUUUGAAACAUCACUAAAAGAACCUUAAACCAGUUAUUUAACCGAAAACUCGUCAAUUUUGGUACGAUGAAGGGGCGACGCUUUGCUCUCCCAAGACUUAUUUCUCGAAAACUAGAAAGUUGUGCAGGUUGAGACUUCCAGUAUACUUUUCUGGUACAUCGACGGUUUUUGGCCAAAUUUUAUGGAUAUUUCUAGCCGUAAAGUAAAAUGACCUUCCUUGAAAAAUCAACUCUCUUCCUUUAUAAAUUCUCGAACCAAUCAACCAAUUUUUUAGCGUGGCUACACUCCGAUCCUAGCUGCGGCCAAAAGAGGAGCCCACAGGACGGUUCAAAUCUUGGGCAAACUCGGGGCCAACUUGAAGGCUCGGGAUCUGGACGGCGCCAACAUCAGAGAAAUCGGAGGGAGAUUCAAGGCGGUGUUGGAGAAACUCGAAGCGUUGGGUGUCGACGAAAACGUUUCUCCGGCCAGGAGGCAUCCGAUUCCUUUACCUGGAGGCUGGUUAAGAGCAUGGCUAGAUUUGCCAAGUUCAGCUCACGAAAAUGAUCCCCAAUAGUUCUGUUUAUAGAUGAGCCUGGAAAGAAGCCUAUGGAACCUUUUUUGUACAAAGAAAUUGUCCUGUUUUUUUUUUCUUAUAAAUAAAUAUUUUCCUCUUCAAGGACGUGUUAACAAACAUGACAACUGAACAAAAUUCAAGCGUAAAAAAAGCUCAUUUUUCCUAUAUUAGCAGUGGAGCGCGAAAGUUCGAGGUUAUUUUUCCAGGCUUAUCUUCUCAUGUUUUCUUAACAUUUAUUAUCUCCAACAACAACUAAAAACACCGAAAACAUUUUUUAAGCUUCGGAGCUUCGCACAGACUUUUUUAAAAACCACUGCAAAGGGGGGAAGGGUCUAAGCUUGGUUCAAACUCCUCAAAGGACCACUACAAGAUAUGAGCUUCACUUAAACGUAUAUACUAAAAAACUUCUCAAAGUUCACUUAAAUCUUCUCUCGAACCUCCUUUAUCAAAAUCAGUUACCUUUUCGUUCAAAAAAAAAAAACGCAAAAUGCAGGUUGGAAAGACACGUUUGGACCAAGCAACCGUUCUGGACCUCAUGGCUUUCUUCGAAACCGUCGAUGCUCGCGAGCGCCAAAGAAGCUGCGACAGGAGGGACCUCUGAGAGCGAACCGCAACGGGUGCACCCGCCUCCGGUGUCUACACUCGCUAGCUCUUCAGUCUGACUGGUUAGUUUAGAAAAAUCACCAACACUCAAAUCUAACAUUAACAUGAAGUGUGCGGACAACCUUCUUAGGAACAUCAAAGUGGUCCCUGCAGGGGUUAGAGUACAAAAAAUUAUGUACUCUAACUUAGCUCCAAUGAUAAUUUUCCACUAGUUCUCCAAAAGCCGUUCAGAAAAAAAAAACAAAAAUUAGAGCCUGUGUUCAUUUUUUUCAAUUUAAAAAAGUCAAAAAAAUAAUGAAUUGUAUUUUUCAGAAGACACGGCACGCCCGACGCACCGAACAUCGGAAAUUCUUCCGAAUAAAUAA